ACAGCUGAUGCUGCAAGCAGAACCCCGCAGCCAUCUGCAGCCAUGGCUGAGGGCAAGAGCGGGGCCGGGCUGUUCGCCAAGCAGGUCCAGAAGCACUUCAGCCGGGCGCAGGAGAAGGUUCUGCAGAAGUUGGGCAAAACCGUGGAAACCAAAGACGAGCAGUUUGAGCAGAGUGCCUACAACUUCCAGCUGCAGCAGAAUGAAGGCAACAAACUCUACAAAGACCUGAAGGCUUUUGUCGGUGCAGUGAAAGUGAUGCACGAGAGCUCACGAAAAGUGGCCGAAACGCUGCAGGAGAUUUACAGCACCGAAUGGGACGGCCACGUGGAGCUGAAGGCCAUCGCAGACAGCAACGAUUUGCUGUGGGAUGACUACGAGGCAAAGCUGGGCGACCAGGCGCUGCGCCUGAUGGAGAACUACCUGGCACAGUUUGGGGACAUUAAGGAGCGCAUCGCCAAGCGCGGCCGCAAACUGGUGGACUACGACAGCGCCCGGCACCACCUGGAAGCGCUGCAGAACGCCAAGAAGAAGGACGAGGCCAAGAUAGCCAAGGCUGAGGAGGAAUUCAACAGAGCGCAGGCGGUGUUCGAGGAGCUGAACCGGGAGCUGCGGGAGGAGCUGCCCGUGCUGUACGGGAGCCGCAUCGCCUGCUACGUCACCAUCUUCCAGAACAUCUCCAACCUGCGUGACAUCUUCUACAAAGAGAUGAGCAAGCUCAACCGUGACCUCUACGAGGUGAUGGGGAAACUGGACAAGCAGCACUCCAGCAAAGUCUUCAUCAUCAAAGGUGUCCCCAGCAAACGCCGCUCGCUGCUCAUCUCGGCCCCUGUCAGCCCCCCCGCUGCGUAUCCGUGCCCAGGGAAGGCACCCAACUGGGACCCCUCAUCGGGAGCAGAGCAGACACCGACGUCCCCCAGGGUGGGCAGCGAUGCCACUGAGGAUGUCCCCAAUGGCCUCGCAGCACCGGGUCCCGCUGAGCCGGGUGCCCCCAUGCCCGGACCCCCUCCAGCCUCACCCACAAGUGUGAGGUCCGCGUCGGAGUCGGAGUCAGAGUGCAGCGAGGAGAGCCGUGAGAUCGACCUCAGCCCCAAAGAGAUGGAGGUGUCCGUGGGCAGUGGGUGCCCUGAAUACCCCAAAACAGAGGGGGCUGCCAAGGGGGAAGUGGAGGGCAUCGCUGCAUCCAUGGCUUCCAUGAUCGUCUCUGAGGCCAUCGCUGCAGCCACCGGCGCUGCUCCAGGGGACAGCGAUGGCGUUGGUGGUGGGGACAGCACCGACAGUGAGAUCAGCCCUGCGGAGGGGGCAUGGGGAGGUCCAUCCCCAGGGGGAUCGGAGGAGAGAGUGGAGGGGACGGAUGUGUCCCCAGAGGUGGGGUCGGAUGCAGGGCCCUGUGAGCACGGCACACCCGAACCACCACAGCAGGACGUGAGCUGUGACCCCCCCCAGGACCCCAGCGAAUCCCUCACCCCACUGUGACCCCCACGCUGUGACCCCCAUGCCCAGAGUAGUGCAGGCAGUGAAGGGGGAGCAGCUUAAUGGGACGGCCUGCAGAUCACUGCACGUAACCGUAAUGUGCUUCACAACACACAGUGCUGAAAUAAAGGCAGAGGGCAGCGCCAGCACCUGGAAAUGUG